AUGGCAAAAUAUCUGUUUACAUCCACUGAAAAAGUGCAACACGAGGAAAUCUUCCAGGCUAUCAGAGAUAACAAUUUGCAAAAAUUCCAAGGUUUACUCAACUUCUGCAGUGUUCAAUUAAUUAAUAUUGUCGAUGAUACCAACAAAAACAAUACUCCCCUGCAUUGUGCAGUGGAAGAAAACAAGCAUGAAAUAAUCCAGGAACUAUUAUUGAAAAAGUGGAAAAUAAAUAUAAAUGCGCAGAAUCAGGAUGGUGACACUGCCCUACACGUUGGCGCCAAAAAAAACUAUGAUCGACUGAUGCACUUGCUCCUUAAAGCAGGAGCAGCCAGCGAUGUCGUCAACAAGGAAGGUGAAACAUUUCUGGAUAUCGUUAGGAUAUUGGCAAUUCGAACAGGAAUCUGCAAAAGCAACCAACAGGUUAAGAAGCGUGAAGAUAUAUCUUACCAACAGGGACUAUCUCAAAUAGUUAUAGGGCAAAACGUGGUGCACAAAAUAACAAAAGUUGAUAAAAAAAAUACAAAACCUGCAGUCGUUAAUAAAAAACAAUUAGUAUCUCCACCUUUGUUGGAUAAGAAUGCUAAAAUUAAUAAUAUAGCUAACAAAAUUGAUGCCAAAAGUAAGGACAAGUUGACGCCACUCCAUUGCGCAGCUAUGAAUGGAUACAACGAUGUAGUUCAACUAUUGAUUGACAGAGGAGCAAAUAUUGAAGCUUUCGAUGAUCAACAACAAACGCCAUUGUAUAUCGCAACUCAAAAUGGUCACUUGGAAGUAGUGCAGAUUCUGGUUACUAGAUGCGCUGUUAUUGAAGGAAAGACUCUAUUGCACAUUGCAACUCAUAAUGGUCAUCUGGAAAUAGUGCACUUUCUGGUUAGUAAAGGCGCCGAUAUCAAUGCUAUUACGGAGGGAAAUGGAAGUUUAUUGCAUAUUGCAUCUCAAACGGGUCAUUUAGAAGUAGUGCAGUUUCUGAUUAGUAAAGGUGAUGUCAAUGCCGUCAAUGAAACAAAUUUGACUCCAUUGCACAUUGCAUCUGAUAAUGGUCACUUAAAAGUAGUGCAGUUUCUGAUUAGUAAAGGCGCUGAUGUCAAUGCUGUUAAUAAAACAAAUAGAACACCAUUGCACAUUGCAUCUCAAAAUGGUCAUGUGGAGAUAAUGGAGUUUCUGGUUAAUAAAGGCGCCAAUGUUAAUGCUGUUGAUGUAGGAAGCGCUGAUGUCAAUGCCGUUACUAAAAUCAAUUCGACUCCAUUGCACAUUGCAUUACAAAAUGGUCACUUGGAAGAAGUGCGGUUUCUGAUUAGUAGAGGCGCCAAUGUUAAUGCUGUUAAUAAAACAAAUAGGACUCCAUUGCACAUUGCGUCUCAAAAUGGUCAUUUGGAGAUAGUGCAGCUUCUGGUUAGUAAAGGGGCCAAUGUUAAUGCUGUUGAUGUAGAAAAUUGGACUCCAUUGCACAACGCAUCUCAAAAUUGUCAGUUGCAGGUAGUGCAGUUUCUGAUUAGUAAAGGCGCUGAUGUCAAUGCUUUUAUUGAAGCAAAUUGGACUUCAUUGGACAUUGCAACUCAAAAUGGUCACUUGAAAGUAGUGCAGUUUCUGGUUAGUAACGGCGCUGAUGUCAAUGUUGUUAAUAAAGAAAAUAGGACUUUAUUGCACAUUGCAUGCCAAAAUGGUCAUUUGGAGAUAGUGCAGUUUCUGGUUAUUGGCGGCGCCAAUGUUAAUGCUAUUAAUGUAGAAAAUUGUACUUCAUUGCAUGUUGCAUCUGAAACUGGUCACUUGAAGGUAGCGCAGUUUCUGAUUAGUAAAGACGCUGAUGUCAAUGCUAUUAAUAAAACAAAUAGGACUCCAUUGCACCUUGCAUCUCAAAAUGGUCACUUGGAGGUAGUGCAGUUUCUGGUUAGUAAAGGCGCUGUUGUCAAUGUUGUUGAUAAAACAAAUAGGAUUUCAUUGCACUUUGUAUCUCUAAUUGGUCACUUGGAGGCUGUACAGUUUUUGCAUGGUCACUUAAAAGUAGUGCAGUUGCUGAUUAGUCAAGGCGCUGAUGUCAAUACUACAAAUAAAACAAAUUGGACUCCUCUGCACAUUGCCGCCUGUUAUGGUUACAAAAAUAGUAAAGCUUUGAUGGACAAAGGGCAAAAUGAGAAGCCGAAAGUAAUAAAUGUUGAUAAAAUAGCUGCAAAUCCUGCAGUCAAUAAUAAAAAACAAUUGGUAUAUCCACUUUUGUUAGACAAGAAUGCUAAAAUAAGCCAUAUAGCUAACAAAAAAUGUAAGUAUUUUGCAUCAACAAUGACCAAUAAUCUGCCAACAUCCACUAAAAAAGUGCAACACAACGAAAUUUUCCAAGCCAUCAGAGAUAAUGAUUUGCUAAAAGUCCAAAGUUUACUCAGUUCCUGCAGUGUUUUAUUAUCAAAUAUUGUCGAUGAUACCAAUAAAAACAAUACACCCCUGCAUAGUGCAGUUGAAGAAAACAGGUAUGAAAUUGUUCAUGCCUUAUUAUUGAGAAAGUGGGAAUUGGAUAUAGAUGCGAAGAAUGAGGAUGGAGACACUGCCCUACACGUUGGCGCCAAAAAGAACGAUGAUCGAGUGAUGCACUUGCUCCUCAAAGAAGGAGCAGCCAGCUAUGUUGUCAACAAGGAAGGUGAAACAUUUCUGGAUAUCGUUAGGAAAUUGGCAAUUCGAACAGGAAUCUGCAAAAGCAACCAACAGAUUGAGAAAAGUGUAGAUAUAUCUAACCAAUCGGGAUCAUCCCGAAUAGUUACAGGGCAAAGUGAGGAGCAUAAAAUUACAAAAGAUGACAAAAAAGAUACAAAUCCUGCAGUCGAUAAUAAAAAACGAUUAGUAAGUCCACCUUUAUUGGGAAGAAAUGCUAAAAUAAACCAUAUAGCUAACAAGAAUUGGUCGUCCUUGCACGUUGCUGCACACAACGGAGAAUUAGCAAGGGUUCGGUACUUGGUAGGUCUUGGUGCCAAAAUAGAUGCCGAAAGUAAGGACAAGUUAACGCCACUCCAUUGCGCCUCUAUGAAUGGAUUUCAAGAUGUAGUUCAACUAUUGAUCGAAAGAGGAGCAAAUAUUGAAGCUAUCGAUGAUCAACAACAAACACCAUUGUAUGUCGCAACUCAAAAUGGUCACUUGGAGGUUGUGCAGACUCUGGUUACUAGAGGCGCCAAUGUCAAUGCUGUUAUUGAAGGAAAGACUCUAUUGCACAUUGCAUCUCAAAAUAGUCAUUUGGAGAUAGUGCAGUUUCUGAUUAGUAAAGGCGCUGAUGUCAAUGCUGUUAAUAAAACAAAUUGGACUCCAUUGCAUAUUGCAUCUCAAAAUGGUCAUUUGGAGAUAGUGCAGUUUCUGGUUAGUAAAGGCGCAAAUGUUAAUGCUGUUAAUGAAACAAAUUGGACUCCAUUGCACAUUGCAUCUUGCAACGGUCAUUCAGAGGUUGCUCUGUUUCUGAUUAGUAACGGCGCUGAUGUCAAUGCUGUCAAUAAAACAUAUAAGACUCCGUUGUACAUUGCAUCUCAAUAUGAUCACUUAGAAGUGGUGCAGUUACUGAUUAGUAAAGGCGCUGAUGUCAAUACUGCCAAUGAAACAAAAUGGACUUGUCUGCACAUUGCCGCUUAUAAUGGUUACAAAAAUAUAGUCAAAGUAUUGAUGGACAAAGGGGCAAACACUAAUGGAGCCAUCAGAGAUAACAAUUUGCAAAAAUUCCAAGAUUUACUCAACUCCUGCAGUAUUCAAUUGAUUAAUAUUGUCGAUGAAACCAAUAAAAACAAUACACCCCUGCAUAGUGCAGUUGAAGAAAACAGAUAUGAAAUAGUCCAGGCAAUACUAUUGAGAAAGUGGGAAUUGAAUAUAAAUGCGAAGAAUGAGGAUGGUGACACUGCUCUACACGUUGGCGCCAAAAAGAACUAUGAUCGACUGAUGCACUUGUUGCUCAAAGAAGGAGCAACCAGCGAUGUUGUCAACAAGGAGGGCGAAACAUUUCUGGAUAUUGUUAGGAAAUUGGCAAUUCGAACAAGAAUCUGCAAAAGCAACCACCAGGUGAAGAAGAGUAAAGAUAUAUCUAACCAACAAGGACCAUCUGAAAUAGUUACAGGGCAGAGCGUGGUGCACAAAAUAACAAAAGUUGACAAAAAAGUUACAAAUCCUGCAAUCGAUAAUAAAAAACGAUUAGUAAGUCCACCUUUAUUGGGUAGAAAUGCUAAAAUAAACCAUAUAGCUAACAAGAAUUGGUCGCCUUUGCAUGUCGCGGCAUACAACGGAGAAUUAGCAAGGGUUCGAUAUUUGGUAGGCCUUGGUGCCAAAAUAGAUGCCGAAAUUCAACUAUUGGUCGAGAAAGGCGCGAAUAUUGAGGCUAACGAUGAUCAAGAACGAACGCCAUUGUAUGUUGCAGCACAGAAUGGUCAAUUGGAUAUUGUGCAGUUUCUGGUUAGUAAGGGCGCCAGUAUUAAUGCACUUAAUGUAAAAAAUUGGACUGCAUUGCACAUUGCAUCUCAAAAUGGUCAUUUGGAGGUAGUACAGUUUUUGGUUCGUGAAGGCGUUGAUGUCAAUGCUAUUCUUGAGAAAAAUUGGACUGCAUUGCACAUUGCAUCUGAAAAUGGCCAUUUGGAGGUAGUACAGUUUUUGGUUAGUGAAGGUGUUGAUGUCAAUGCUGUUGCCGUAGAAAAUUGUACUCCAUUGCACAUUGCAUCUGAAAAUGGUCAUUUGGAGGUAGUACAGUUUUUGGUUAGUGAAGGCGUUGAUGUCAAUGCUGUUGCCGUAGAAAAUUGUACUCCAUUGCACAUUGCAUCUGAAAAUGGUCAUUUGGAGAUAGUGCAGUUUCUGAUCAGUAAAGGCGCUGAUGUCAAUGCUGUUAAUAAAACAAAUUGGACUCCAUUGCACAUUGCAUCUCAAGAUAAUCACUUGGAAGUAGUGCAGUUUCUGGUAAGUAAAGGCGCCAAUGUUAAUGCUUUUGAUAGAGAAAAUUGGACUCCAUUGCACUUUGCAAUACAAAAUGAUAACUUGGAAGAAGUGAAGUUUCUGAUUAGUAAAGGCGCUGAUGUCAAUGCUGUUGUUAAAGGAAAUCGGACUUCAUUGUACCUUGCCACACAAAAUGGUCGCUUGAAUGUAGUGCAGCAUUUGAUUAGUAAAGGAGCCAAUCUCAAUACUGCUAAUGAAAAACAAUGGACUCCAUUGCACUCUGCAGCUUAUAUUGGUCACCAAAAUAUAGUCAAAGCGUUGAUGGACAAAGGUGCAAACACUAAUGUAGUAGAUCUCAAUAACAAGACCCCAAUAGACCUUGCAUACGAGGCAGGGCACAAGGAAAUCGUCGAACUAUUGCAAAAUUAA